AUGGAGCAGCCCGAGGACAUGGCGUCGCUGAGCGAGUUCGACUCCUUGGCGGGCAGCAUCCCGGCCACCAAGGUGGAGAUCACCGUGUCCUGCAGGAACCUUUUGGACAAAGACAUGUUCUCCAAGUCUGACCCAUUAUGCGUCAUGUAUACUCAAGGGAUGGAGAACAAGCAGUGGCGGGAGUUCGGACGCACUGAAGUCAUUGACAACACACUCAAUCCCGACUUUGUGCGCAAAUUCAUCGUGGAUUACUUCUUCGAGGAGAAGCAGAACCUCCGUUUUGACCUAUAUGAUGUUGACUCCAAGAGUCCUGAUUUAUCCAAACACGAUUUUCUGGGCCAGGCCUUCUGCACCCUUGGAGAGAUUGUGGGGUCCCCUGGGAGCCGCCUGGAGAAGUCCCUCACAAUAGGAGCAUUCAGCCUGAAUUCCAGGACAGGCAAACCCAUGCCAGCUGUAUCCAACGGAAGUGGUCUUUGGAUGGAAAGUUUGAGGACCACUGGUCUGGAAGCCUCCGGUGGUGUCCCAGGGAAGAAAUGUGGCACCAUCAUCCUGUCUGCUGAGGAGCUCAGCAACUGCAGGGAUGUCGCCACAAUGCAGUUCUGUGCCAACAAGCUGGACAAGAAGGAUUUCUUUGGGAAGUCUGACCCCUUCUUGGUGUUCUACAGAAGCAACGAGGACGGAACGUUCACCAUCUGCCACAAGACUGAGGUCAUGAAGAACACCCUAAACCCAGUCUGGCAAACUUUCUCCAUUCCUGUGAGAGCCCUCUGCAACGGGGACUAUGAUCGGACCAUCAAGGUGGAGGUAUACGACUGGGAUCGAGAUGGCAGCCAUGACUUCAUUGGGGAGUUCACCACCAGCUACCGGGAGCUGGCCCGCGGGCAGAGCCAAUUCAACAUCUAUGAGGUGGUAAACCCGAAAAAGAAAAUGAAGAAAAAGAAAUAUGUGAAUUCUGGCACAGUCACGCUGCUUUCUUUUGCUGUGGAGUCAGAGUGCACAUUUCUUGACUACAUCAAAGGAGGGACCCAGAUCAACUUCACGGUGGCCAUCGAUUUCACAGCCUCCAAUGGGAACCCCUCGCAGUCCACGUCCCUGCACUACAUGAGCCCCUACCAGCUGAACGCCUACGCGCUCGCACUGACCGCCGUCGGGGAGAUUAUCCAGCACUACGACAGCGACAAGAUGUUCCCUGCCCUUGGCUUCGGGGCCAAACUACCCCCUGACGGCAGGGUAUCCCAUGAGUUCCCGCUGAAUGGCAACCAGGAGAACCCCUCAUGCUGUGGCAUUGAUGGCAUCCUGGAAGCCUACCACCACAGCCUGCGCACGGUGCAGCUCUACGGCCCCACCAACUUCGCCCCCGUGGUCACCCAUGUGGCCAGGAAUGCGGCUGAGGUGCAGGACGGCUCCCAGUACUCGGUGCUGCUCAUCAUCACGGAUGGGGUCAUUUCAGACAUGGCACAGACCAAGGAGGCUAUCGUCAAUGCUGCCAAACUCCCCAUGUCCAUCAUCAUCAUCGGCGUGGGCCAGGCAGAGUUCGAUGCCAUGGUGGAGCUGGAUGGUGAUGACGUGCGGAUCUCCUCCCGGGGAAAGCUGGCCGAGCGGGACAUUGUCCAGUUUGUGCCCUUCAGGGACUAUGUGGACCGCACGGGCAACCACGUGCUGAGCAUGGCGCGCCUGGCCCGCGAUGUGCUGGCUGAGAUUCCCGACCAGCUGGUGUCCUACAUGAAGGCGCAGGGCAUCCGCCCUCGCACCCUGCCCGCGGCCCCAGCGCACUCGCCCCCGCAGUCCCCCGCCCGCACGCCCCCUGCUUCCCCCCUGCACACGCACAUCUGA